UCAAAUUCAAUGGGGUGACGUCAGAGUUGUACAUCCCACGGAUCCCGUAUAGCAAUGACGCGGAUGGAUAUUGAAAGCCCUUUGCUGUAGCUGGAGAGUGGAAGGUUAGAAAGUCUUGGUCUGAGUAGCAGGGUGGUAGGAUGGCGGAAGCGUUCCUAGAUGGGAAGGAUGCUCACUCUCUCCUCAAGCGCUUCCCCCGAGCCAACAGUUUCCUGGAGGAGUUCAGACAGGGUAACAUCGAACGGGAGUGUGUGGAGGAGAGCUGCAGCUUCGAGGAGGCCAAUGAAGUGUUCGAGAACAAAGAGAGAACAAUGGAGUUCUGGAAGACUCGCAGUGUGUACACGGUGAGCAGCCACGAGCAGACCAGGGACGGCCGUUCAGAGGGCCACCUCUACAUGGUGGUUCCCCUGCUGGGCGUGGCUCUCCUCCUCCUCAUCGCCCUCUUCCUCAUCUGGAGGUGCCAGCUGCAGAAGGCCACACGGCGGCGGCCCGCCUACACCCAGAACCGCUACAUGAACAACCGCAACACCCGCAGCCUGCCGCGCAUCCUGGUCCACCGGGACACGCCAUCCCACUCCGAGACCCCCUUAUCCAGGCCCACGGUGGUAGUGAGUGGGGUGGAGAGAGUAGUAGGAGGAAGCGGAGGAGGGUCGCUGGUUUGCGCUGCAAACGUUCCCCAAGAACCUCACUCCCACCCUCAGAACACUCGCUCAGCCCUGUACGUCCAGGAUCCGUCUGUGUCAGUAGCGUCGCGUCUCUCCGGUGCCACACCUCCUCCUUCCUACGAGGAGGUGACAGGACACCUGGAGAGCAGCAGCGACGAGGUAUCGGCGCCGUACAGCGACCCUCCGCCCAAAUAUGAGGAGAUUGUCAAGGAGAAGUAAGCAGAGGGAGGGAGAGAGGGAUGGAGGGAGGGAGGCUGGGCCGGGGGCCAUACUGUCAGAUCCAUCCCUCCCUCCAUUGUCCUUGUCUCUGGUCUGAGGGGCUGGCAAACUGCUAGCUAUCCGUGGGAAAGAAUGCACUGUGGUAUCUAAUAUCUUGAAGCACUUGUUGUAUCUAUCGCUGACUGACUACUGUACAAGGUUUGGAACGACGAUGAUCUGUGUUACACUGUGUUUUCUUCUUGAGUUUAUCUAUCUUGCCAAUGCCUGGGGUUUGGCGGUCUGUUUUGAUUUUGCGUUGUUGUUAUGCAUCAGUGUUUCUCACUGUACUCUGAAUGUGGUGGUCAUUGUUUACUAGUGCGUAUGACUCUGCAGUGAAGCGCUUUAUCCAUAAUAACUGUAUAUUUAUACUGUAUACUUUUCCACCUUUCUCUCAUCACACCAGCUGUAGCUAAUCACUUGGAGAAAUACAAUCGCUGCGUCUACACUGCCUUCCCCCCAAACACUGCAGAAACAACACCUUUCCCGGACACCCUGAGGCACCUUUGAAUGUGUCAGCCAUCCCAAAUGGUGCCCUGUUCCCUACAUAGUGUACUCACUACUUUUGACCAGGGCCAUUUGGGACGUGGUUGUGAGAGGAAUGGAACAUUGCCAAGUCACCCUCCAUCCCCCUGAGAGGAAGAGACUACUGUGUGGGUGAAGGUAGUGAGGAUGUUUCCAAGCCCUCAGUAGUACUUCUUCCUCUCCAGAGUUGUGCCGUGACUCAUGAUAAAGGAGAGUUGAUUUGCCAAAUGUGCACUGCUGAUUACGUGUACUGCUUUCUGAACACACAAAAUGAAAAGAAAAAGUAUAUUCUUUCAUUUAUUGAAAGUAGUAUGGUUUAACAAACAGAAACAGUAGCCAGUGCUUGUGGACUAUGGGACUAUAGGACUAUCUAAUUAUGAAGAGGAUGCAGCCAGACACAGCGGAUGAGUUGGGAUCUUCAGUGUUUCUCCUCUUUGUCUGAAUCCAACACCAAGGCCGUCUUUCUCCACAUACAUCCUCUGGUAAUGGAAGGGCCUUGAAUUAAGAGGAAACGGAUGCACUCCAAGUGUAUGGUGGGAAGAACACGCAUACUAUCUCAAAAUGUCAAUCAGGUAUUUGAGUUUUUGGCUAAUUAGAAAAUAAUUGAAUGACCUGAUAAUUAAUUUCAGUCCUUUAUUAAGCUUACCAGUAAAUAUACUAUCUUACACACACAAACAAAGACACACACACACACACAGGUACGCACGAAUGCACACACACACAAACACACACACACACAGGUACGUAGACACACACACACGCACACGUACGCAUGC